AUCCCUCGAGACGAUAUAUCAAGUGGUGAUUCGCUUAAUGAUCACUUCAUGCCAAGGGUAGAAGAUUAUAAAGCUUUGAAAAAGGAAUAUGAAGAUUUGCAUACUACACAUUCAGCAGCUGUUGAAAAAAUGGACAUGAUGAAAGAUGAAAUUAAUCAACUAAAAAAACAAUGUAAUGAAUUAUUUAAAGAACGGGAUAUAGCUUUCCGAGAAAGAGAUGCUUCAAAACAGCAGUGUACAGCUGCUAUACGUCGAUGGAAUUUAACAAUUCAAGAACGUGAUUAUCUUCAAGAAACUAUACAUAUAGUUCAACAACAACAUGAAGAAGCAGUCAAAGAGAUGAAAGUUGCCGUUGCUUAUAGUGUAAAACUUAAUAAGGAACUUAAAGAAUUGAAUGAAGCUCAUGAUGCUGAUGUUAAAGAAUAUAGACUCAUUAUGAGUGAGCGUGAUAGUGUUCAUAAUGAUCUUGAAAAGCUCUCUAAAGAAUUAUCUCAAGCUUACAACAAAAAUAAAUCAUUGGAAAAUGAAAUCAAAUCUUGUAGAGAUGAAAAAAAAACUCUACAACUGCACUUUGAAUCAUUAAAACGUGAAUUAUCAUCAGCAUUGCAUGAUCGUGAUAAAGCACUUAGAGAAUGUAAUAAUUACCAGGAAAGAUUUGGUGAGAUAACAGCUAAAAAUGAAUCUCAAAGAGAAUUUAAGAGCCACUUAUAUUAUGGCUUAAGUAGAGAAAUAGAAAAUAGAAAAGAUUCACGAGAAAAAGUAGCUUCUUUAGAUUUAUUUAACUCUUGUCAAAAAGAACGUAUGGAUAAUCUAGAUCAAGCUAAUCAGGAAAUUGAACGUUUAAGAAAAUUAGCUGAUAAAUAUCAUAAUGAAUUAGAAGAGUCUCUAGACGAAGCAGAGGUAUCUAAAAGACGCCGUGAUUGGGCUUUUAGUGAACGUGAUAAAAUUGUGUUGGAGCGUGAAAGUAUACGAAUCCUCUGUGACAGUUUAAGAAAACAGCGCGAUGAUGCUGUGAGCAAAUUAGCGCGUGCUAUUAGAGACUGUGAUGAUAUAAUGAAACAAAAAAAUGAUACUGCUAAAGAACUCAAUGUUAUUAAGGAAAAAUUGGAAGCUCAAUUAGAAAGAGAAGUUAAUUCACUACAAUUACAGGCUACAUGUCGUUAUAGUCAAGACUCUGCAAUAGAUACCGAUCAUCAAGACUGGGAUACAGAAAUAUUAAAUAUUGAUAUGGGUGAAUUAGGGACAAAUGAAGAUUUAGGGAUUGAUUUACUUGGUGGAAAAGAUGCUCCUUUGUGUCCCAACAAUAAUGCAAUUUAUAUAUCAUCUAUCAAUAAAGGAAGUGUUGCAGCAAGGAAAUUGAGAGUUAAUGAUUGUAUUUUAAGAGUGAAUAGCCUUGAUUGUACAUCAAUUAGUAAGGAAUUAAUUUUGGAGACUAUGCAAUCAUUAAACAGUGCUACUUUGGUUGUAAGACGAAGAAAGCCUGCUUUCCCAUCUAGGAGUAUUUUCACAACUCAACUCGAAGUAAAUAAUUAUGAUCAUGGAAUCUCAUUGGAAACUGGUAUAUACAUUAAUAAAAUAACACCUGGAUCAAUGGCUGCUAAAGAUGGAAAUUUAGAUGUUGGUGAUAGAGUAUUAAGUAUUAACAACAUAACAUUAGAUAAUGUAAAAGAUUCAAGAGAAGCUAUGCUAUUAUUGUAUGAACUUGGUGAUAUAUUAACUAUUACCACUAUAAAAUCUACAUAUUGUGCUGGAAAUUGUGGUUCCCGUCCAAAUCGUGAUAUUUAUAAAAAAUAUAUUAAUAGUACAACACAGACAGAUAAAUCUAGUAAUUCAAUACAUCAAGAACCUUAUCAAAAACCUCAAUAUGUUCAGUCAAGAAGAAUGAGGACUAAUGUACCAGAAAAACCUCAUAGAAAUCCAUUAUCUGUCAAUAAUUCUACCUCUGAACGAGAUCAAGAAGAUGGUAUAGCAGAAUUAGAUCCUGUAAUUGAUGCUUUUAGACCACAUCCUUUACCCCCCACUACUACUAAAUAUCCAAGUCAACAUAGAAAAUCUAAGGAAUUAGACAAGAUAAGUGGCACUUGGCCAAAAGCAAGAAGUAUUCCUGUAAUUGAACAUGGAACUGGUACAAUACAUCAUCCUCGUAAAAAUAAAGAACGUUUACCAUUAUCCGUACUUUUAAAUAGUUCUCCGUCUUGGUCAUCUCAAAAUAAUUCAAAAAACUGAUACUUCAUCUAUAGAUUUCUCUGUCAAAUCUGGUAAAGUUGGUAAAGAUGUAAUGGACUGUUAUGUUAAAAAGAUAACUGGUAAAUAUAAAAAUAGCGAUACUGAAAGUAAUGCUGAGGAUAGCCUUGGAG